ACACACGCACGUUGGAGAUAAGAAAUGAUACAAAAUGAAAGAAGUGACGCGAUAGCAGAUCGAGCGUUCGACCGGUUGGUGAUUCGCUCCUUGAAACGAAGUAUCUCAGUAGAAAGUAGACUCUAGCUCUCCGAAUGAAGAGAAAGUAUAUGCGCUGCAUUGACUGCCUGCACGUACCUUCAUUGAGUCAAGUCGCGUGUUUUAUUUCAAUUCUUUACGAACUCGUCGAAUCUAUCAACGUUCUUCCGGUACCAAACGCUGACUAAGACUCAAUAGCCGUCGAUAAUCAUCCAAUAAAUCUAAUAGAAUUUUUACGUAAAAUUACUUUUCAACUUCUGAACUGGAAUUCCAUUUUUUAUGCCUCAUCCUUCUUCUUUCUUUUUUUUUAGAAUUUCAGCGAAUCAACGAAAUCUUGCGUAUUUUUUGUUUGUAUGGAAUGAAAUUAUUUACUGUUAUUUAAUUUAAAAUAAGAUUUUUCUCUCUCGUAUUAUUAUGAUGAUUGUAACUGGACGUGUUUGAUCGAUUUAAAUAGCCAUGCGUAGAACGUUUGUCGAUACGAUAUGAUUCUAUUGUUUGUUGUAACAAAUCUACGAUGUCAAUAAUUUCCAAUUCAAAUGAUUCGAUAUUGUCCUUUUACGAUGGUCAGUCUCAUUGUUUAGUCACAGAUAUCUUGGUACCUGGUUAUACCAUAGAAGAGGAAUUCAUAAGACUUAUUAAAUUUGCGAGUUUUAAGAAAAUUAGAGAUUUCAUUUCUAAGAUUUCCAGCCAUUCAAUAAACUUACAUUAUCCCACGUUCGACUUAAAAACACCCCUUCUAGAAGUUAUUCGUCGUGGCGAUGUUCAUAUUUUGGCAUUACUUAUCGAGAAGAUCCCAGUCUGUUUGGACGAUACGACAACACAACCUUAUGGUAAAACUAUUCUUAUGAGUGCUGCAUACACUACCAAAAAUCCGGAAAUAUUACAAUUGCUCUUAAAAAAAGGCGCUAACAUCAAAAAGAUCGACAAUCGUGGUUGGACUUGUCUUCAAUAUGCCAUAGUUGGAGAAUGUUUAAGAAAUGUGGAAAUUCUUUUGGAUUUCGGUUUGGAUAUCAAUGUUCGAGAUUACAAUAAUCGAAUACCGCUAAUGAUAGCCGUUCUUUUUUCGAAUGUGGACGUUCUUUUGCUGCUCUUGAAUCGUGGCGCCGAUAUUACAGCUAGAGAUCAAACAGGCUUCACGGCCUUACACCUUGCGAUCUUGCGAAAAAAAAGAGAUGCUGCUAUUCUUUUGAUUAAAAGAGGAAGCGACAUUAGCCUGCCUACACCGCUGACCAAGAUCUCGCUUCGAAAAUUGUCCGAAAUUACGUUGCCAAAACUGUUACCAUCUAUUCAAUACGAAGAAGAUGCUCUUGAUUGCGAGGAUCAAGAUUGAAUGUGAAAAAUGAUAAAAUUAGUAUUUUUAUUUUGGUAAAUAUUAUUUGCAUUUCAAUAUCAUACAAGUAUAAGUAAUUGUAUUUCAUAGAUUAUAAUAAAUGCAAAAAUAAAUACAAAGAAGUUUCCAUA